UCAUAGUUCAAAAUUUUAAAUAUUUUGCAUUGAUCACCAUAUAUAAAUUUUGUUUUUAAGAACCAAGAAACAUGGAAGCUUGUUUUCUUUCUUCAAAUUCCUUUACCAAAUCAUUGGAAGUUGUCAUCCCAAAUAUCAAAUCAAGAGUUUUUGUGCAACCCAAAAGAUCUUCUUCUCAAUUUCAACUUAUUAGGAAAACAGGCACUCACUUUGCUACAACAUGUUGUCAAUCUAAAUCAAAUUCACCAUCACCCUCUUCAAGAGACGAAGAUAAUUCGUCUCUUGAUGCAGACUGGCGAUCAUUUAGAGCAAGACUCGUAGCUGGAGAACAAGCAUUUAGUUCAAAAGAUUCUCAAGACGACAAUCUAGAUACUGCGGUGCACCAGCCACAAUCCAUGCCAAUAGGUGACAGGUGGGCUCAUGCCAUACAUGAGCCCGAAAAAGGUUGCUUACUUAUUGCGACGGAGAAACUAGAUGGGGUCCAUAUAUUUGAAAGGACAGUGGUCCUUUUACUAUCAACGGGCCCAGUAGGCCCAACAGGAAUAAUACUUAAUCGCCCGUCCCUCAUGUCAAUAAAGGAGACGAGAUCAACUUCACUAGACGUAUCGGGAACAUUUUCGGACCGCCCAUUGUUCUUUGGUGGGCCACUUGAAGAAGGGUUAUUUUUGGUGAGAGGGGAUGAUGGGGUUAAGAAUAGUGGGGUGUUUGAUGAAGUAAUGAAAGGGGUGUAUUAUGGGACCAAAGAGACUAUAGGAUGUGCUUCUGAGAUGGUAAAAAGAAAUGUUAUCGAGGUUAGUGACUUCAGAUUUUUUGAUGGAUAUUGUGGCUGGGAGAAAGAACAAUUGAGAGAUGAGAUCAGGGCUGGGUAUUGGUCUGUUGCUGCUUGUAGCCCAAAUGUAGUUGGGCUAGCAACUGUGGGAAGUGUUGGGCUUUGGGAAGAAGUUCUUGGGCUUAUGGGCCACAAAAAAGUUUGGUAACCAAUAAGGACUCAACCCAACCUUUUCUUCGAGUCAACUAUGUAAAUUAUGGUAUUGCAAACUGAAAUCAAAGUUUAUGUGAAGUAUGACAACAAGGAGUAAAGUUGUAGUC